UGGACCGCAAAAGGGAUGACAAUCAGAGGACAAAAAGAGAAAGGAAAACCUACAUGCCAGAGAAUGAUGGAUGACAGGAGGACUAUGCUGCACAUCCUCGAGGAGCCUGAGAUGAGGGGAGAAGGAGAGAGGCUUCAGACUUUUCAGAACUGGCCAACAGAUGCACCUGUGACAUCUGGAGACCUGGCUAAAGCUGGUUUCUUCUUUGUAGGCCCCGGUGAUAAAGUCCAGUGUUUCUGUUGUGGAGGGAUUUUAAGAUGUUGGAUUCAUGGGGAUAGUCCAGCCGCCGAGCACAAGAGGCAUUUCCCCACCUGCAGUUUCAUGAUGGGUCAAGCUGUUGGAAAUAUUCCACUCCAAGCCGGAUCUUCAGACUCCGUGGACGGCCAGCUGCUGAGUCAACUCCAGAGGAUGACCAUGGAUGACCAGGGGACAGCUGGCCAGGCCGUCUACCCUGAGAUGGAGGCAGAGGAUUCACGGCUCACCACUUUCCACAACUGGCCCACAGACGCUUCGGUUCAGCCAGAUGUUCUCGCUAGGGCAGGAUUUUUCUACACAGGCCACGGUGACAAUGUCAAAUGCUUCUUCUGUGAUGGAGGACUGAGGAACUGGGAACCCGGAGAUGACCCCUGGCAGGAGCAUGCCAAGUGGUUUCCACGAUGUGAAUUCUUGAUCCAGUCCAGAGGGCAGGAGUAUAUCAGCAACAUACAGGAUGCUCACUUCCAUCUGGGUGAGACUGUGGGUGGAUCACAGACUCCCACUGCUAGAGACAUUGGUUCAAGAAACGAUAUGGUUGGAGGUUUGGGAGCUUCUUCAGCCAUGCUUUCCCCUGUGGUGCAGACGGUGCUCCAGAUGGGCUUCGAGGCCAGUCUGGUAGAAAGUCUAGUCCAGACAAAGUACCUUUUGACUGGCCAACACUACACUUCUGUGUCUGACCUGGUCACUGAUGUGUUACAGGCAGAGGAAGAGGACAGAGAGAGGGGACCGCAAAGCCGAGAGCCAGAGGUGAGGCAGGGCUCCAGCGCUGGAAAUAUGAGAGCACAAACAUCCAUCAGAGAGAAAGUGAAAGACCCCAGUCCAGAGGAGCUCCUGAGGCAGCUGCAGGAAGAGAGGACCUGUAAGGUGUGCAUGGACAAGCUAGUGUCCAUCGUUUUUAUCCCCUGUGGUCAUCUGGUGGUGUGUGGUGAUUGUGCUGCCAGCCUGCGUCACUGCCCCAUCUGCAGAGCUGUCAUCAGAGGCAGCGUCCGUGCUUUCAUGUCCUGA